UUAAAUGCAAUUUGCGUCUGUGGCGGAGACCCAGGCGCCAUCUUCGGUCCACCUUAAGCGCACAAUGUGGCCAACGAACGCAAGCGUACCAGCCAGGCUUCCGUCCUCAUUCUCCAGCCGGGGAUCGCACUUUGGCUUCACAGCUUUGACACAGCGUCACUUGUGAAACAAACAAGGGGGGAAGAAAAAAAGACGCACUCGGGCCAAAACCUCCAUCAGCAGGAGAAAGAUGUCCGAACCCAACAAGUACCGAGAGUGGAUACUGGAAACAAUCGACUCUCUCCGCUCGAGGAAAGCCCGUCCGGAUCUGGAGAGGAUCUGUCGAAUGGUCCGGAGACGACAUGGGUCAGACCCGGACCGAACCAGGACAGAACUGGAAAAACUGAUCCAAGAGCAGACCGUGCUCAAAGUUAGCUACAAGGGGUCCAUAUCGUACCGGAACGCGGCGAAGGUGCAGAGAAAAAGCCGAAAGAAGAGUGAGUUUACGGCCGCUGGAAGCAGCAGCAGCGGCGGCGGCGCGGAGGCAGCGAGGGAGCGAACCAAACACGAUCCCGGGAACAACAACGGCGACAGUGCGCACAGCUUCACCGACCAGGAGGAGGGAGAGGAGAACUCGGAGCCCAGCCCAGAUCCCCGCACUCAAACAUCAGGCAGCCACACCGGCAAGAAGCUCAAGCCUGCCUCCAGCCCGAGUAGCGGAAACGGUUGUGGCGCAACAACGGGCUGCGCUGUCGGGAGCGGCUGUAAAGAAGAGAAAGCAAGUGCACCGAGAGACAAGGGAUUAGCGGGGGAAAGCCCGUCGCCCUCUUUGGGCCACAGAACAGGCGCACACGACGGUGGGGAUGCCGGCAGGACAGCGGGGAGCGGAGCUGAUGCAGUUGGCGCGGGGAAGGAGCCCGGUGUGUCCGGAGCUGACAGCCGGAGCAAAACUUGCUCCGGGAGCGUCAACAGCCCCCAGCAGCACCAGAGACAGAAGCAGAUUGUGCCGCUGAAACCCAAACUUAAGCUGGCGGGAGGCAGCACCAAAACCGCGGGGAACCACGCCAGCCCCGACCUGGGCGACAGAUUGGUGGCUUCUGUUCGCAGCCUGUCCGAGAAGAGCCUCCGAGGGGGCUCCGCUGCCGCCGCCGCCGCUGCGACCAGAGGCCACAUGAAGCCGCUCGGGCUGAAGGAGAUUCUGGGUUAUCUGAGCAGCCAGGAGCGGCUGUCGGAGGAGAAGCUGACCCGAGGCAAAGUCAAAGUGGUCAUGGAGAGAGAGGUGGCGAGGGGCCGGCUGCGCAGGACCCGCUGCGGGAACAUCACUCUUCCUCUGCGGGGGACGGUGGUGGAGGAGCGGAAGAAUGCGUCCGCUGACAGACUUGCGAGAAGCGCACUGCAGGACAAACACACGGUGACAAAGCCUCCGUCGCCGCCGCCGUCUCACGAGCAGAAUGAGCCGAUAGAAGCAGCCAGUGGAGAAGAGGAGCGGAGAGAGAAUGAGGAAGAGAUGGAGAUGGAGGAGGAUGAUCCCCGGAGUUCUGAUGAGGAGGGAGGACUAUCCCCGGUAGCUAUGACAACCGAACCAGGGCUCAUUGAGAAAACCACAGAAGAUGCUGAGAUCCAGGCAGCAUCAAAGCAGGAGAGCAGCCUCCAUCAGCUGCAGCAGGGUGGCAAAGCAGUGUCCGGACUUGAUUUCCUCCCCAAAACGCCUCCACCUGUUCAGGGAGCCCCACAGUGUAACGGUGCACACAUGGAGGAGAGAACUGCUGCCCCCGAUCAGCUACAUGUGCAAGCAGAUAAUCAGACGCAGCCUGACGGAACCAACCACACCUCCUCAGGCUUUAACAACCUGGAGUGUAAGACAGAGGUCGGUGUGUCGUCAUGCCUGCUGACACCCACUGCCUCCCCGAGAGACUCCGGCCUGUCUGAAGAGCGAGGGAUUAGUGUUAGCAGUGGAGGGCUUAUUAAAUCUGAGGGUGCCAGUGGGAGCCCGGUGGACUGGACAGUGUCUGAUGUAGUCAGUUAUUUCACCGCAGCAGGUUUCCCAGAGCAGGCUGCUGCCUUCAGGACCCAGGAAAUCGACGGAAAGUCUCUCCUCCUCAUGCAGCGUAAUGAUGUGUUGACUGGCCUAUCGAUCAGGCUCGGACCCGCCCUCAAGAUCUACGAGCGCCACGUAAAGGUUCUGCAGAAAACACACUUUGAGGAUGACGACUGCUAACAGCACGCAAAACACACGCAGACUGUUAUGUUUGAAUCUACAUAUAGCUCAAGUUAUAUAAAAAUGCAUGCAUGAUAUACAGUACAGUACACUUAACUUUCCAUCCUGUGUCAAACAGUACACACACACACACACACACACACACACACACACUGUUUUUCUUCUUCCUGGUCCUCUACAACUGGUUUGGUCCCAUAAGUGACACAGAAGCAAGACUGUAUUUUCUGGACUUUCUACCAAACAGAGCACAAAUGUUGGAGGAAGAAAGCAGGCUGACUAACUCAUUAAAGAGACAUUUCAAGAUGCAGAUAUUCGGAACAAUCAUGCAAAUUCCUUUUUUAAGCUUUUUUUAAUUACAAAAAUUAAGCACUUUUAUCCAUUAAACUGUGCAAGAUAGUUUGUGUCUAAACUGCGACUUCAUGCUGAUGUUUAUGCACAUUUUUAAAGCGGCAGUGGCUGUUCUGUGUCGAGGGAGGGUGAUUUUUUUGUUGUUUUUUAUGGGGCUGUGAUCUGAGGGUUUCUUGUUUGUGGGUAAGUGUUUUUCCACUGAGAUCAUGUUUGAUAGAACAGCGGCAGUUUAGAAGUUGAGCAGAUGAAGUACUUUCCCAGAAGCAGGAGCGGAUGGUUGAGAUGCUAAACCAAAUUAUUUGUCCUAUUUAUUCAAAAUAAAAAAAUCUGGUGCAGGGUUUGUGACCUUUUGCAAAUGAUUGUUGGUCAAAGCAAUAAACUGGUGAUUUCUCCCGGGAUGUUUGAGAGGUCAUUGGACCUUCCCAGCUUGUAGAUUGUCAGGUGAUCAAUUCUAUGUGUAGCCUAAUGUGAAAAUCUAUGACAUCAACUUUGUUUUUGAACAGAUCUGUUUAUAAUCUGCUGUGGCCUAUGCAUCACCAUAUUAGGGGCUGGUUUCACAAAGAUACAAUUUGACCUGUAGCUUAGACCAAAAACAUUAUCAAACGCCUCAAUUCACCUCAAACAUUAUCAAACUAUUCCACAGCACACAAUGGAAAGUUGUAGUACUGCAGUAAGCAGGCGUACAUGUUUGGACCUGAAACUGAAUCUGAACGAUAUUAAUCAUACAGAAAACCCCAACCAAUCCUGCAAGGUGACAGGAUUGCUUACUUUGGUUUUUUUACGUGUGAAAACCAGGAAGUCAAGCUGAAAAUGCUCGACCCUGACGCUGACGUCUUGCUUUACUCAUGAUAUGUCCUCUACAUAUAAAGACACCACAGAGAAAUGUUGACAAUGUAAAAAACUAGAUUAAAGACACACUGAGCACCAAAAUAUGCCUUUAAUGUGCAGGGCUCAGCAGCUACUCAUUAGAUUAAGCUAACCUGACGUUAUUUACUCAAGGAGUCAAAUCUUAUAGGUACAAUAUUUUGUAAUUCGAGAUGUCCUGUGAUAUUUUUGUGAAUGUGGUUUAAAAUCUAUAAGACUCGCAUCACUAAAGAGCAUUUGUUAAGUUUUAGGUCAGACAUGUGGACCCUAGUACAGAUUUUACUCUUCACUGAAUGGACCAUAUAUUAGAAAGCUAAUGUUAGCUUUUUUAUUAUUAGAUAUUCCUUUAAUGCUGAAUAUCUAGCAACAGCUAAUUUCUAUGCGCGAGCUAGUCUGAGAUUCAACCCAUUUUAAUUUAGUCUUGCAAAACCACAAAGAAAUGGAGAGACUCGCCACUUAAACAAUCCUGGAUAGAAAUCUCGGGGUGAAUUCUGUAACGGCAACGAUGGCGGCUGUAUGACACGUGUCUCGAAUCUCCUCUCAAAAAGUCAGUCGUCUGCUUUGUAGUGACCAAACUGGGAAACAUCCAGCCAAUCAUGGUGUCGUGUAACACAAGUGCCAUGCCGUAAAACAAUGCAUUUGUAGUAGAACUUUUGUAACCUUGUCUUGCAGCAAAGUAACCAAAUUUCUUUUUUUUUUUUUUUUUUUUAUUAUUACAUGUGACUGGCCAUUCUAUAAAUGCAGUUUGUUCAUCAACCCAUUCAGUUGGAUAGGGACCUUUUCCUGUUAGCGCACAAUAACUGCCUGACUUAUUUAUAAGGCCUUUAGCGUAAUUAGUCAACAUCUGAACCCUUUGUAUUUCCUUGGACAAAAGAAAAUGACUGACUGAUGUCAUCACUACUGUACAUUUGCUAAAAUGUCUUUACCAUCACAGCAAAACCACAAAUUAUGAGCUAUGUUUUCCUAUUUUUUUGGUCAUUUGGUACCACUGGUCAGCAGAUAUCACUGACUGUUACCAUGAAAGCACAGCUCUUAAUUCACUCUGAAUUAGUUGGUUUAGUUGGCUUUUCUGGCUUUUUAAACUUGCAAUAAAGUAAUCUAAGAAUUAAAUUAAAACUGCCCUGAUACUAGAGACCAGCCUAAAAUAUUUCUGUGAAACCAGCUCCAGACUAAGCUGCAGAAAUGUUGAUCGAAAACACCAGCUAACUAAACUAAAAUCGACCGAACACUCAACUCGUGACUAUAUAUGAUAGAGUGAAUAUGUAAAUAAAUUGAAACAGACUCAUGUAAUACAUUAGCCAUUUGUAAAUUGUUGGAGUAAUAUUAACUGAAAGAUGUUAUGGCAGGGUAAAGAUGAGUCAAUCAAUCAACUAAUCUCAACCCACCAGCAUUUUUUAACAGUUUUUAAUGGUCAAUAGUUAGCAACCAAAUGCUGUCAAUCUGUCAUUCCUGCCUGCACUUAAUAGAAAACAUUACAGGUUAUGCUCACAAAAAUAUAUUUUUUCCAUUUAUUUUUCUGCCUUUGUUCUUUUUUUCCAGCAUAUUGUUUUGAUUUUGUGAAAUGUUCAUAUUGUCCAUUCUCCAUGCACUGAUGUUCUAAUCAGAUCUGAUGUUUCUUUGUGAAUUUAAACCUUCUCUACCUCUCACCUUCAUUCUUCUUCCAAGAAGCAAUUUUUUUCAGUUUUUUUCCAGUUAGUAGUCUGAUAAACUUCAUUUCAUUCCUAUUUGUUACAUCUGUUGGAGAGAACAGCUUGAGUCCUGAUUCUCACAAAGGGGAAUGUACAGUGUGUCUCUGCCCUUCCGCUGCUUGUCUCCUGUUAUUUGUUAAAGGACAAUUUUUAGUAAUAAAAAAUUUGAAUUCAAA